CUCCGACCUGGGCCCCAGCCGCGGCCCGCGCUCUGCGCGCUCCUGUUCUUCCUACUGCUGCUGGCUGCCGCCCUGCCCAGGUCUGCACCCAACGACAUUCUGGGCCUCCGCCUUCCCCCGGAGCCCGUGCUGGACGCCAACACCGUGUGCCUGACCUUGCCCGGCCUGAGUAAGAGGCAGAUGGAGGUGUGUGUGCGCCACCCUGAUGUGGCUGCCUCAGCCAUCCAGGGCAUCCAGAUUGCCAUCCACGAAUGUCAGCACCAGUUCCGGGACCAGCGCUGGAACUGCUCUAGUCUCGAGACUCGAAAUAAGAUCCCCUACGAGAGUCCCAUCUUCAGCAGAGGUUUCCGAGAGAGUGCCUUCGCGUAUGCCAUUGCUGCAGCUGGCGUAGUGCACGCGGUUUCCAAUGCUUGUGCCCUGGGCAAACUGAGGGCGUGCGGCUGUGAUGCAUCCCGGCGUGGGGAUGAGGAGGCCUUCCUUCGGAAGCUGCACCGCCUACAGCUGGAUGCGCUGCAGCGGGGUAAGGGCCUGAGCCACGGGGUUCCCGAACACCCAGCCCUGCCCCCUGCCAGCCCUGGCCUGCAGGACUCCUGGGAGUGGGGCGGCUGUAGCCCUGACGUGGGCUUUGGGGAGCGCUUCUCUAAAGACUUUCUGGACUCCCGGGAGCCUCAUAGAGACAUCCACGCACGCAUGAGACUCCACAACAACCGAGUUGGGAGGCAGGCCGUGAUGGAGAACAUGCGGCGGAAGUGCAAGUGCCACGGCACCUCAGGCAGCUGCCAGCUCAAGACCUGCUGGCAGGUGACACCGGAGUUCCGCGCUGUGGGGGCGCUGCUGCGCAACCGCUUCCACCGCGCCACACUCAUCAGGCCGCACAACCGCAACAGCGGCCAGCUGGAGCUGGGCCCAGGGGGGGCUCCCUCUCCGGCCCCGGGCGUUCCCGGACCACGCCGCCGGGCCAGCCCUGCAGACCUGGUCUAUUUCGAGAAGUCGCCCGACUUCUGCGAGCGCGAGCCGCGCCUGGACUCGGCGGGCACCGUGGGCCGCCUGUGCAACAAGAGCAGCGCGGGCCCCGACGGCUGCGGCAGCAUGUGCUGUGGUCGGGGCCACAACAUCCUGCGCCAGACACGCAGCGAGCGCUGCCACUGCCGCUUCCACUGGUGCUGCUUCGUGGUCUGUGAGGAGUGCCGCAUCACCGAGUGGGUCAGCGUCUGCAAGUAGCAGAGGGCUCCCCUCCCUGAGACUGGCCUUUUCCCUGCUGCUUGAGACCUUGACAGAGUCGCCUUUGGCUCCUGGGAGAGGAGGUUGAAUCACAUGAUCUUAUAGGAACCUUCCAGUUCUGAGAGUCCUCAAGUUUGUAAUCACGGAAAGUCUAGACCUCAGUACUCACUUCUAUGGGCUCCAAGCUCCAGCUGCUCAGUUGGGCUGGGAAUUGCCCCAUAUCCUGGGGCAAGUGCCACCAACCCCAUGCCUGUUUCCUUUCAUCCUUCCCCCCUUCCCUUGGAGUAGGAGGGAAUGAAUGGAAGCUGAUGGGCAGCGGGAAGAGGAUUGAAAAGAAGACAUGGACAUAAUUGAGCUGCAGAGAUCCUAGAGAGGCCCAGACACCCUCCCUGACAGGCUUCUGCCCCUCAUCAUUCAAUUAACAAAUAUUUAUUUUGCACUCUUUGUGGCCUGGUACUCUUCAGGGGAUGAGGGGUGCUGGGAAUACAGAUGUGAAUAAGAGAGACAGCACCUGCCCUCUUGGAGUUUACAUUCUGGCUGGGGGAGAUGGACAAUAAACAAGUAAAUACAUAAACA